AUGAUGAGUCUACCGGAUGAAUCUGAAAUAUCGCUGAGUGGACGAACUGCCCAAACGGAUUGGAUUAUUGGAAUUGCAAUUAUGAUAGUUUCUCUAUCUUGUGCUGUAGCUUAUUAUCUCAUUUUAUCUACUAUUUACAAAGACAAGGAGUUAUUCCGAAUGGCUAGUUAUAAAUUCAUGUUUUUCCUUGGAGUUUUCGAUGUUUGUCAGUGUUUUCCGCACUUUGUCACUGGAAUUUUUACAGUGAAUCAAUCGGUUUUCCAUCCAUUACUUGCCAAGGCAAUGGGUGUAAUUGCAACUCCAUGUUAUGUCACUUUCACAUUAUUAACUAUUUUUCUGUCGUUUAAUAGAUUCAUCCAAUUGUCAUCAUCCAACCUGGAAAUGUUCUUUUUUGGAGGAAAACGAUGGAUGAUUUGGAUAGCCAUAGCAUGUUCCAUUUGGAUACUUUUCGUAUCUGCUCUAUCAUCUCCCUGGGCAACAAUUAGAUAUAUUCCUGACUGGUAUUCAUGGGGUUAUGACACGGAUUUACCAUUUUCAAAAUACGUUCAAAAAGUGGAAAUGUGUAUAGAAAUUGGAGGAAUAUUUGUUUCUGCGUUCUUCUAUCUUUUAAUUAUUCACAAAUUAUUGAAAACCAAGAAGCAAUAUUUGAUCUCUAAAAGUUACAACGCAGAGAUUAAAGUAUUGAUUCAAGCGACUGUUAUUACAGUUUAUUGUACAGUUUUGAAUGUAUUAUGGCACAAUUAUACGUGGAUACUCCCACCACAUCUCUGGAGUUACACAGCUCUUAAUUUUAUGUGGAUUUGUAAUAGUGCAGUACAUCCGAUUAUUUACUUCAUUGUCAACAAAGCGAUUCGACACAAAAUUGGAACAAAACGAUCUGGAACUGCUCUCGGAGCUGUUUCAGUAUUUGAACCGAAACGGAGAAUGGAAAAAGCGACACAUACAGAUCAUACCCUUGUCUCUGUUAAGUUUUGA